AGAUGAGCCGUGAGUCCGUCAAUGUGGUGAGCAGCAGCAGCAGUCUAGUGUAGAGGAGUAGAGAGUGAAGCGGUGUGGAUUCAGAGAGAUUCCUACGUGUUUCUUCAGUCUGUGAAGCUCUGGAUGGCUGGUUAACCACAGCGAAAACACACGGCAGUCAGUCCACAGAUGUGAAGCUCUCUGCUGCGAUAAUACGGAUUUAUUUCUCACUUUUACUGGAGUUAGAGAGAAGAGCGCCGAGAUGAAAUACAAAGUAAGUGAAGCGGCUCAGUUAAAACUCAACUGUUUAAAACCACAUCUCUGGUGUUUUUGUCACUGAAACAAGUUCACAAACUCGCUUUGGGAUUAGAUUAGAGGACGAGUGUGCUUUGACAGUGACACAUGAUAACUUUGGUUUCAUAACAUAGUAACGAUCUUCCGAGCUUUCAAUGAGUGUAUCCGGGGCUGUUUAAAAAAGGGAAACUGUCUGGGUGAGAAAAGUCACUCCUCGCGUGAGAUGUGUCUGUUUUGUGCGUGUGAAGUGCGUUUGUGGGUCUCUUAUUUCCAGCCUGCUGCUGUUUCCAUGUAACCUGUCUGUAUGUGUGUCUUCAGGCUACGUUUACUGCCAUCACAGGGGCGUAGAGAGCUCAAACGCGAGCAGUUUAGGGGCCCAUGGCACCUCGGCCCCCAGUAGUCAAAAUAAAGAAAUUGACUUCAAAAUGAUGAUGUUUAAAUGUUCUUUUACUUGUUGUUCUGGUUUGUAUAAAGAUAGUGAGUACAUGGUGGUAGACAGUGGCUGUGUCUGAAAUGAAUCACUCAAUCCCUAACCCCUAUAUGGGAUUUCACUAUAUAGCUGACUAUGUAGUGAGCUCAACCACCGAAGGUUUCGGACACUACAUGGCAUGACGGGAUGCCCACCACCGGUGAGUGACCAUCGGAUGGUCACUACAUUUUGCAAUGCUCUAUGGGAAAUUUUCAGUCGCCUAUAUUGGGCAUUGGAAUUGAUCACUCAGGUUUCGGACACUCCUUUCUUUUUGCUUUUAGACUUAAUUCUACUCAGAUUAGCUGAUUUGGUGAAUCACUGUGUCAUAUAUUAGUUUUUUUUUUUAUUUAGUCAAGGUUGGAUUUUAAAAUGUCAAAAAUAACAACAACUGAGACAAAAUAUUAAAGGGUACUACAAGAUAUUGAACCUUUAGGUAUUGGAGCUACUGCAAAUGUAUUGUUGUGUUGUUUUUGGCGCCCCCUGUGGCCAUGAAGGCAUGGGUAAUCUAUUUGUCUUGUACAUAUGUGCAUGGGAGAACGAUUGACGUCGCUGAUGAUGUGGUUGGUUUUGUUGGUUAUAUAGUCAUCACUGUUAACAUGUCUGCAUCAUAACCAGAUAAAAAUCUACACAGCUGCUUUUAAAUGGAAAGAGAUGACAAAGCUAACCUGAUGGUUGACAGGAAGGUUAGAUGUUUUUUCUGUUUUCUGAAGAAAGUCUAUUUUGGGUGGCUUCCCAAUUGAGAGAAAUGAUGAAACCAUCAUCACACUGACGCAACAAUCCUGCAACCACACCAUAUUAAAGGGAAGCCCACAACAGCACAAAGAAAUCUGAGGUCGAGGCACUUUCGCUUCAAAAAUUAGAUUCUUAUUCAACUCUGAUGAUAUUUUCCACUUUCAUUGCACAUGAAUCAUGACAGAAAAACUCCCUUCCUGCUCUGGUCAGCAUGUCUCCAAUUAGAUUAUCUCUUUCAUGUGUCAUUGUUAGUCACUGAGGUUCAUUCAUUUGAUUGACAGUCACUUUCUGUUUCAGAUGAAGCACUGAAAGCUUCGCCUUAGCUCUCCUGGAUGCUGACAUGUACUCCCCCCUCUUUCGUGAAUGUUUUUGGGAAACACAGUUUGCUCUGUAAGUCAGACUCACCAUAUAAGGAAACUGUGCUCCCUCAUGCAAAACUGUGCUAAGUGUUUGGAUGAUUCAGGGCUUUGGAGGGCCGUGGCUUCAUCUCCACACAAGCUGUUUUUUUCAGAAGUGUAAAGUAGCCUUUUCUCCAGACUUUUUGGCUCAGACGCUCGACUCGACGCAGAUCGGUGUUUGGGUCUCUGGUGUCACUGUUUAGGAGGGUGUGGUAGUGAUUGGAGGGCGUCCACGUUGUGUGUUUCUGCGUCAUGUUCUUAAACUGACUCAUUGUCCUGUUUAGUACACAGCUGACAGAGUGGAGAAGGAGAGAGUUAAGGCUGGUGAUGAUGUGUUCAGGGGCAUGGCAGUGAUUUUUCAUCUUAGCUAAAAGACUUAUCAGCAUGUCUGUUUGCCUCGGUGACAUACUGUAGAUAUGGAGGACAUAGGAACCAUGCAGGGUGCUCUUUGCUUAUGAUAAACAUCUGAAUUAUGCAACAGCAUCCAAAGAGCACAGGUUGGCAGGCAGAAAGAAGAAAGACGCAAACAUGCUGCAAAAGAGGCCUCAUCGUGCGUCACACUGUGUUUACCAAGUUCCAAGGUAGUCAUAAGUCUGCGAAAGUGUGUCGGAGAUAACUACGUCCCCUAUCAGAUCUGAGCAUCCACUAAUCUCAGCCGCUAUGAAUAAUUCACAGAUACAUCAACUGUGUCUGUCCUCUCAGGGUGCUUAUGUUGCAACAGGAGCUUAAAAAGGUCGCCGCAGAGGUUGGCGCGCCGGCUGUCACAUGUCUUAAAGGUGGGUCUGGCCUCUCUGACAUCAGAGGGUGGUUUCUGAUGGGUGCUCAGGUGUGAAGGGAAAGCUUGUCAUCCAAAGGUCAACUAAUUCAGAGAAAUCCCACCAUGGACCAGCACACUGAGAGAGAUCUCUUACAGUGUCAGCGAAGACAGUGAAGAAAGAAAUACCAGAGGGAGUUUGAGGGAAUAACACAGGUAGCUUAGCUUAGCUUAGAAGUAAACUAGGCUCGCCAUGCAGUGUCUUGAAAUAACAGAUCUAAUCCAGCAUGUCUGAAGCUGAAAUAUCUAUCACAGUUUGAUCCAUUAGAAAAAGGACUUCUGCCCUAUCUGUUAAAGCUCCCGUGAGGAGUUUUUUGAUGUUCACGAAAUACACAAAAAAUAAUAUAAAUGGGUUUUCAUGAUAUAAAUAAGCAAAGAAAAACCAUCAGCAACAAGAUUUACUACUUUUAUUCUGUCAUAUUUAAUGCCUGAAGCAGGUACGAGGGGGUAGGUGUCAGCAAAGUAGGUGUAGAAAUAUCAAUUUUUUUACAAUUACCACACAAAAUAUUCAAAACUAAUGAAAUGUUACCCUGUGAAAAGUCAGUAUGAUGAGAUUUUUUUGUCUGUAGAGGACAAGGAAAGCAAAAGUUUGCUUUUUAUCAUGAAAGGCACUGAAAAUGGCACAAACUGAAAAUUCCUCACAGGAGCUUUAAUAUAAUGCUUUAGUAUCAAACAGUAUCUUCUGACAAAAAGCUCAACUUGCUGACUUUUUGCAGUUAAGUGUAUCAUGUACUUUGAAUUUUUAAUGUUUAAAAUGUAGAAAGCUUUUAUUCUCGCUGCUAGGCCAACACCUACCCCCACCUUCCAUUUUCAGACAUUUGAAAAACUGUAUAAACGUCAUCCACUCCAUCCACUGUCUCUUAUGGUCUUUUUUGCCUUUGUACAUAAUAAAAAUGCAUCCAUACAAAUUUAAGUCUAUUUUGUAUAAGUCAAAAAACACCUUACUGGAGCUUUAAUAUAAACUUACAGCCAUAGCAACCUGGUGGCUUUGACUAAUACAUAAAAAUAAAGAUUAAUGUCACAUUAUAAACUCACUGACAUCUCAAAUGUCGUCAGACUGUUGCAGUCAUAUCGAUUUAAUACGACCGUCUUUGCCAAAUUAGGAUUUUCCUUUUUACAUUCUUGCUCAGUGACUUUCACAACCUUUAACUGAUUCCUUUGGAGCUGACGUAACUGUUUCAGAAAUAGCUUCACUACCACAAAGAAGAGUGAUUAGGUGAACCCGAGUUUUAGCCAAUAUGCGUGUGUGAGUGUGCUCUCCUCAGUGUUUCUCUUUUUUAUGGGUUCAGGUUCCAGGCGCUGGUCCAAAAAGUAAAGAGUGGCUGGAGGAGAGCGGGGCAGACAUUGUUCUGAGAGGGAGGAGGAGGAGGAGGAGGAGGAUCUGUGAUGCUGAAAGAGGCCUGCGGAAAAUGAAAGAAAGAGGAAGUUGUGGGGGGAACUAGAGGGCAAACAGAGUUGGGUGGAUUGGGUGGAGGGUUUUUGGGGGGAUGGGAGCAGGGAGGUCGAGGAGCGCCCCGUGAGAAUGGGAGCAUUCCAGGCGAUUGUGCGUGGGAAGGCUGUUUCGGAAGAUGCACAUGAUUGUUUCAAGGUGCCCCUUUAGAUUGGUAAUGAGCCUGGCGGCAGGGCGCACCGGGAUACUGCAGCUUUUCUUCUCUGGGGUGUGUAGCGGGAGACAUUUGUAUUCUCCUGAAAGAAAACCAGGCGAACAAUCCCCUUUCCCCCUGCUUGUUUAACCUUUCCAAAAGCCUUUGCAGGUUUUAAGCACGCAUUUAAGCUGUAAAAUAGCUUUUCCAAGCAGCUUUUUCUAUUUUCACAAGCUGUCCCAUCGACCGUUUAACCACCACGCCGCCUGUUAAAGAGUCGUGGUAUUUUCAUGCUGUGAUUUCGACUUAUUUCAGCAUCUUUCGGAGGGCAGAAUUACUUGCCUCUGUGCCACAUCUUUGCUCCUGUGCAGGAUUUUCAGUCUUCUCCCCCAGCGAGAAUGAAUAGCCUCCCCCCUCCGCCCUCCCUCAUCCCCCUGCUGCGCCCUCGCACCAUGAGCCAGCCAUUAACAUUUGAAAACGGUCAGCGGGGAGACAGACUUUAUUGUGUGUUCAUUUCAGCCAAAGAGACAAAUAGAGAAAGAGAGAGAGCGAGAAAGAGAGAGAGACUACCCUGCAUCAGCAACAAUGCACAUAAUCAUUUCCAUGUUUGACCUUUGGCGGAAAUAAUUCUCGCCACCCUGUUUCUUCCCCCUGAGGAAUGCCAACUAUUCUGCAGGGUCGUCUCUGAAGAUGUAGCAGGCCUCUGUCAGCUUGAACGAGCCUGAGGAGAGUGUGCCGUCGUGGCAGAUAAGAGGAGGCGCGACAGCUGGGAGCACUAGGGCAGAAAAGCAGCGAAAAACCAGUGGAUACAACCCAGAGCAUGAUGUUUGUUUGGAGGACUGCUGGUGAUAAAAGCUGUAUCUGUGUGUGUAAUGGCUUUUUAAAACAACAACGAAAAAUACAUCUCCAUCCAUCCAGUGACUACUAACAUUGGCAGACUCCCAGAGUACAUGUACUGCUAAAAACAAGGUAAAUUUAGUGAUGGGAAGAUCUUUUCUUUUGACUGGACUGAAUCUUUAGAAUCCGUUCAUUAAAAUGAUUCGUUCAAAAGAUUCGUUCACUGAAUUAGUCAGUGCUUUGGAGCCCCGUCCUGCCGGGUGCAGUACACAAGUGAGUGACAUGCAGUUACUGUAAGACUGGUUUGUGCUCAAGUCCUCUUUUUUCUGUGAAGCUCCAUUUUAAAAGUUAUUAGAGGGUUCAUGUUUUCUAUGAUUGACACCUGAUACAGCCUAUUGGUGUUCAGGGAUUGCGUAGCUCACCCGGGGGAUACGCUGUUUGAGCCGAGUUUCAUCACAGCAACUUUCCCGCCGAAUGCGCACAAUGCUACUGCACAGCGCUGGUUUCAGGAAAUGAAGAAAGAUCACGGAAAAACCGAGAGCUAUUUGGCUUCAAAUCCGUAUACAGGUGGGAGGCGGAAUCAAGUUGUCCAUAGUAUAUAAAGUCUAUGGGUGAAACAUUUCGUUCAUUCGCCAGGUCAUGAAGGAAGAAUCACUCCCCUGCCCUAAAAAAAGUUGUUCUUUUAUAUCGCGGAAAAGUGGAGAGAUUAAAAAUAAAUAAACAUCGCAGCUGUAGCGGGGAUUCUGAUACUUUUAAAGAUAUCAAAUAGUAUAUUGCUUUAAAUUGGCUGAAAUUAAAUCCUUCUUUCAGGAAAGUUUAAAGAUCUGUAUUAAUGUAAAGGCACUAUAAUGCACUGUUUUAUCUUAGCCUAUGUUCAUCCUCACAGUGAACGAACCACUGCUCAGCAGUUAGUGAACGACGCUACACCCCUCCCUCCUCUGCCUGUCUCAAAUCGUUAGGAAGUCGUUCAUUUCGUUCACAGUCUGACCAAUCAGUUCCACUCCCGACCGACAUGACAUGCUCGCAGCUGAGCUCAACUGAACUAAGAAAAGAACAAAUCAGGUCUUGAGGUGAUUCCAUUCAGCAGUUCCGUUCUUUUGAGCGAAACAUUCAAACAUUCAUGAACGACACAACACUAGUAGAAUUAUCCUAUGACCAUUGGUGGAAACCGGAAGUUGUUUGGUGUUUUUCUGGUGGCUUAGAUGCAGAAAAUACUACCAACCAAAACAGGCAAGAGGUUUAAUGUGCUGGACAAAAUAAAUCUGACUUAAAUGAUGGAGCAGCUGAACAAAGACAGGAAGUUUGAAUCAUUGGGGAUAAGCGCGUUGAGUUGAUACGAUGAUGACACGCUGUUUUACAUCAGUAUUGAUGGUUUUAAGAGAGUAAAUCACAGCAUCUUUAAAAGGUAAAUGACAUAAUUAUUAAGAUUUAAAACAAUUCAUAUGAAAAACUGCGACUUUACGUAUUCAAAUGGUUCAAUCAGAGGAUAAUAUAAAGACUAACCAUCCUAAAUGGAUUUGAAAUGAGAGUAAGAUUCGUCCCUUAUCUCCUCUGACCACAGGAAAAAAGAAAAUAGACUCCAUCAGUGUCCUCAGUGGAUGUUUCCAAAGCACUUAAGUAUUAAAAAGGGGUGGAUCCCCCCCUCUAAUAAACAAAAGAUUCCUCUUUUAUCGCUGAUACCCUUCAGGGUAGGAUAGCGGCCGUCAUUGUUUCGCCUUUUUGUAUCAAUGACAUCUUUGCGUAGCGUGAAAUCAGGAGGACACUGAAGUGAAUCUCCAUCUCAUUGGCUAUUCCUAUAUGUAAAAUCAUUCAAUGUGGCCCUGCAGAGAUACCAUGAAACAUAUUUCACAUCUCAGCUAUUCCCCCCCUAGAGGGAUUAGCUCCCGUCUCCGGGGGUUACCACCAUGCACUCAUGUACCCCCAUUUGGCAUCAAUGCCAGGUUUGGAAACAAUCCAUCGCCCGUCUCUGCCAACACUUCUUGGCCGGGGUCCCUCGAAUACCAUCCAUACUGUUGUUUUUGUGUGUUAGUGAUGUUUUUGUGACCCCUUGGGUGUGGUAAAUUGCUCUUUUAGGCAGAAGGUCGGUGUCAGCCGCCAAACAAAGUCUCCGGAGAUGGCAGGGGACUCAAAUCUCUGCUCAGAGACUCUUCAGCAGUCCUCAAAGUGAAGGACAGUCUGUCUCCCCGCUGCUCCAGAAUGAAUUAGCAGAAUAUGAGAGGCAAUGUAGCACAAUAUGUUUUCCCAGCAGCUCUUUUGGCUCACAGAACUCGAUACACAUUUGACAGAGGAUCUCCAGUGUGGUUCUCACCUUUAAUUAUAGGCUGAGGAGGGAGUCUAACAUGUGAGAAGAUAAGACAAGGUCAGUGUUAGCCUGGGUGUCUUUGGGGUCCUUCAGGAGGCAGGAAGUGCUUCAGGCUAAGGAGUGGGAUGGAAACAGAGAAGGGCAUUAUGUCAGGUUACCUUCUAGUUAAUGUGACAGCACAAAACGGAAACAACUGUGAUCGAUGCGGUGAGUAAGGAGGAGCAGGAACAAUCAUUUCACCAAGAACUUCCUUUAAUCACUUCCUUUGUCUUGUUUUGUCUUGUCUGGUUUUAUUCCACAAUCAUUUACCAGCAGCUAUCAGAUAAAGUGAAAAUGAAAGGUAUGCAUCAUUUAUCACCUCAGGUUAUGUCUGGUUUGGAAGACGUGUGGGCUGAUAUUACCAAAUAUGAAACAAUCAAACACGACUAUUGAGUCCAGUUUUUCCCACACAUAGACGAUACCAGAACAGGUAAAAAAAGAGGGUAAGAGUGGCUAUUGAAAAGCACAUUUAAUAUAAUAGAUAAUAGAUAAUUGAUAAUCAGACAGUACAAUACAAUAUUUGGCACAUUUAUCAACAGCAGAGACAAGCCAAUGCCACACUGAUGUAAGUUAGUUAUUUGUGAGCACUUUUCUUAUUUAAAUCCACUCAACAGGAAGCAAUAAAGAAUUUAUCUGGAGCCACAUAACUAUCUUUAUAACAAAUAUUGGCUUAAUUAUGCAAAAUUUUUCCUUUCAGUUGCCUUUUUGUCUCUUAAGACGUGUCUCUUGGUUUAUUAGCCAGUUGCUAACUAUGUCCGAUACUUGGAACUGUCCUCAGAAAGAAAUAUAAUCUUAGCUUGGCACUGAUGGCGACUCUCAAAGUUUGUUUUUAUACUCUAAAAACAAAUGAAUGUUCACGCCUGCUUAAAAAGUUUGUGUAAAUAGGAAAGAUUUGUCGUGUUAUUGAGAAUGAUGAGCUCAAGAGUGACUUUCUCGCAUGUACAGUUCAGCAAAGGUUAUCACAAGUAGAUGUUUGAUUCUCUCUGUAGGGAAAGCUGCUCAAAUCACAUAUUUUAAGAACAUUUUCAUGACUUUAUAUCGUCUGGAUAAAAGCGAUUUUAAAAGUAUUUCAACGCAAUCAGACAUAAACUUAAACAGAAAGCCUUUAGGCCUUAAUAUUUGUUCACUUCCACUUUUGUUUCUGGGGGAACUCCACUAUUUUGACUCCGGUUCAAUCAUGCAUACCUCCUGACUUCACAAAUAUCUUGGCUCGAGGAGACGUUUUUGAACAUCAGCGGUUUGUCACAGCUCGCGCUGAGUGUGGUUAGACGCAACAUGGCGCAUCAUUUCCUGUCAGAGUAGAUGGUUGCCCAGCCUCUCUGUGUUUGGAUGUUUUUCAGGGUGUGGAGAUUUCCUCGCAGAGCUGCACCUCAUGAAUCACAAACAGGAGAGGGAAGGCGGUGGGUGUCAUAUUUACACUGGGGACACAAUAGGCUUUUAUUCAGCACCCAGCAGAACGAACGGAGGAAUUUCAGUCUAUUUUAUAAACAUUUAAACAACAUAAUUAAUCAACUUUUGAGAUGGUUUUUUAAUGAGCAGUUUCGGCUGCGGUUUUAAAACUUUGCUAAAUGGUUUGACAUGUUUACUCGUUUGUGCAUCACUUUCAUGCCACUGAAACUGUGUCAUAAAAUUGAUCCACACAGCUGCCUGCGCAAUAAAUCAAUCAACCAUUGUGUGGUAGUUGCGGGUCAUGUGUUUUUUCGCGUAUAGGCUUUAAAUAAAAGCGUCAGAGUCGUGACAUUUUUUCCACCGGACUCUUUCAGAAGUAGAAGGCGGCAAGUUUCACUGUGCCUGCUGUGUAAUUAUGUUAAUACACGGCCACUGGCUCGCAAAGAGGCUGUAAUCAGAGGGUCAGCCUCCCUGAAAACUGUCCAAAUGAAGAAAUUACCGUGCACUCUAAACCCUGAACCGCUUCCCAUGAGUCCUUCACACGGCCCAUUUAUUUGAACUGGCUCUCACCCGCAGCAGGCCGCACUCCCAGGAACGGCUCGUAAAAGUCAUCAGGUCCUCAUUACCGUCAUUACUAUAAUUAUUUUCUAUAUUUAACCACGUGAAAUGAGGCCAAAUGAGUGUGCUGGUUCGCCCCUUUUUCCGUGAACCACCCCGGGACAUGUGUUGCAGUGGUACAGCCCUCAUUUUCACUCAUCGAGGUACUGCGUUAUGUUCUCACAGCCGGAGCGUACCACCUUUUCCAGGAGAAGGUUGUGUUUGUUUAUGAAAAAUCAGAGCCACUUUGGGGACGCCGUGAUUAAUGUGCGGUGGUGCUUUUGGGAGAAUUUGUGUAUUUGUGAACUUUGUUUUCCCAAAGCCAACUCCAUUAUUACUUAAUUGAUGCAAAUCCCAAAGUAGAGGGGCUGAAACCACCCAGAGAGCUCGUACCGAGAGCUAAGGUGGGACCUUUCAACAGGCAGGCGGUGGAGUUACAUAAGUUUUUAUUUUUGGCCCCGGUCAGCACAGGCUCUACACAUGAAUGAGGGGACGUUUACACUGUUUGUGUUCAGGCGAGACGCUGGUAGGGGGAAAAAAAAGUGUUGUUGACGUAGAGGUGAGUGAGUCAGAGCAGAGAGAGGGGCUCAGACAGCUGGGUCUACAGGCUGGAGAUUGGGUCCCAGGUGCAAAUGUGGACAGCUCAGCUUAGCACGAUUCCUCGCUCACUAAUGACAAAAACACACAAGGCUGUGAAAGGAGCUCUUAUUGCAGAAACCCAAGAGAGCCCACAUGGUAGAUUAAAGUGGGUUUUUUAAGAGUUCAGUGCUUUAUUUUAUCUCAUCAGCUCCGCUCUGUCUCGGUCUGAUCUGUUUUUACAGUUAGACAGCCAAAGAUGAUUAAUUUUACACGGAUAAUUACGAUUAAAAUCUCAUUAUUUUCACUUCAAAACUGUUUUAAGUUAACGUUAAUUAUAUGAUGCAAUUCUUACUAAUGUCUUGCAAAGUCUAAAGGAAGUUACCACCCAUUUAGCAAUCACUGGAAUCUUCUUCUGUUAAGUUUUCUCUCUCCACAGAUCAAUAGUGAUUCACACUCUCCAAAUGAGUACUCUGCUGGUUUUGUGUUGCGGUUUCCUGCUAAUAUUAGUCUGAUUAGCUGCGUCUCUAUACUUUACUCUAAACUAUAAAUACUUUAUGGUCUAACUACAGUAUGUUUGACCAAAAGUUAUUUCUGAUUAAUCAGCUAAGUCACCUUUAAAGCAAAAUGUGCAGCGGUGUCAAUAUUUUCACCAGUAGGAUACCGCAGCAGCUUUACUAUGGGGGGCCAAAAGCAGACAAAAUGGCGGCCUUGUGUAGUUUGCUUUAGGAAGCAGCGGCCUGGUGGCUGUCUUGCUUGAGUCUGGUUCUACCAAAGGUUUCUGCCUGUUAAAAGGAAGUUUUUCCUCCCCACUGUUACUCAUAUUAGAUGAGAUGGGCCAAAUCCCAUCUUAGGUUGGUUCAUCAAACGAUGAGCGUGGUCUAGACCUGCUCUUUUUCUUUGGAAAACAUCUUGGGAUGACGACUGUUGUGAAUUGACGCUUUAUAGAUAAAAUUUGAUUUUAUUUGAUAUAAAUCAUGUAUUUUCGAUCUUGAUUGUAAAGAAGUGAAAGUGUGGAUGCUAACAGUGUCAUGGAUCUGGGUGAGACAAAAAACUUACUUAGAAUGUCCAACAGAAAAAUUCCCAAGACAAAAAAACACAAGAGGGAAAAUCCAAAAUACAGCAAAAGACACAGGGAGGAAAAAAUCACAAGGAGAGACUGGAGACACACAUGCAUACAUGGAGAGGUGUCGACAUACAACACAAAAUCUUGAGACUAAAAUCUGAUGAAAAAUGAUUGAAUACUCCUCCAGAUAAUAACACUUUGUUCACCAAAGUAGCAAGGAAGUUUUCAAUUCCCUUAAAAUUUGCUGCAUUUCACCUUUAAAAAAUGUUUGAGGCAAUUUAUUUACUGUAGCUUCACAUCAGAUCAACACAAAUGACUAAAAUUUACCUGUUUUAAGUUUAAAAGAGCUUUUUAAAACUAAAAACAAAUAAAAGACUUGAACCAAUUAAAAAAAAUUGACUUUUAGGCUCAUAUCAGCCUGAUAAAUACAGAGGAAAACUGUUGAACUUCCUUUUACCUCACUGAGAGAUAAUAUCUUGUCUAUGCACUCGCUUUGUACACUAUUGCCAGUCUGUUAUUUAUUUAGAUUUGAGGUCAAACGCUUCCAGGAAGCAGCCAAACGCCUCAGUGGCUCACAACGGAUCACUUCCUGGAAGCUCAUCUGUAGCAGCAGCAGAAUGGGCCUCGUCUGCCUGUCAGCUGACUGACAAAGUACAAACACGUGUGUUUAGAGUGUUUAAAGGAGGAUCAAUGAUGAGUGCUCGAGUCACUGGGCUGUGGAUGAACUUUGUUUACACCGUGAGAUCAGAGGCUCAGUUUAGUAUUCAGUUUCACCUGCACCGACAAAAACACGACAACAGGAGCUUCACUUCAAAAGCAUGUUAGCAUUCACAGCUAACUUUUAACUUCAACACAAUCCCUCAGAUUUAUAUGGUCACUCAUGUUUAAAUCUCCCCUGUGACUCAAUCUAUAUGGGGCGUGGCGCCAUGCGUGCGAAUGUGGUUUCCUUCUCUGCACGUCCAUCUUCCCUUUAAGUUCAGCAGAAAUAAAACCAAACCACAAUCAGGACAAAUGUGUGAAAGUGUGUCAAAGAGGCCCAGACUCACUGCAGCAGAUUAUGUUUAUGUUUAUUGUUCACACAAACUGGGACUGAUGUCUGACAGCUGGAUGCAGAGAAGUGUGCUCAUAGACGGAUUGGGUGAAGUUACCUUCAGAUGGUGAGAAAUCACGACAAACCAUAAAGGUGUGACUUCGUAACGGUGAUGAUUGUAAGGUUUUAGCUAUUAAUAGUAGUCAGUUUUAUUCCUCAUCUAUUUAAGGACCCAAACAUAGGGCAUAUAUCGGGUAUAAACAGUCAGAUUGCAGCUUUAGUUGUCGUCUACUUCCAUGAUACUUUAAAGCUCUACUACCCGGAUGUAAACAAGCACAGGUGACAUAGUUUGCGUUCUUAUUUCUGGAGGCAUUUGUGUCUAAAUUCUGCUGACUGUCUGAUUUCUGUGUAUGUUAUUGUGUCUCUAAGGUGCUAAAUGUUUCUCUGAAGUGAACAUGCCAUUGUGGUUGAGAGGAAGGAUGCUGGGUCACAGUCUCUCUUAUGCAUCUACCCUUCACCAGCUCGCGUCCUCUGCAGAGCGUGCCGAUGAUAAAGUGGUUUAACGGAACCUUUUUUUCAUGCCUGUAGGCGUGCUCGAAACCACAAUGGUUUCAUGAUGGUGUGGUUGGUGAAUUCUCGAUUUGACAGCUGGUUGCAGAUGUGAAUACUUCACAAUAAGUGGAGACAAAUGAGCCUGUUUUGUGUGCUGCUCUUCGUCUGAGAGGUUAUUUAAUUUCUGUGCUGAGCUUCAAACACUGAGCAGGUAACACCAGCUGGACAACUGGACCUUUCAAACCCGCUCACAUAAACAGGUUAGUGUUCAAGUGGCACGUAGGGAGCUGCCCCCAUUUUUGGAGGAUUUUUUUAUCUGGUUCCUCUGAAAAAUUCUGCUGAUGGAUUGAGAAAAAAUGUACUUUUCAAGUUUUUUAAAAAGCUUUAAUCUUCUCCUUUUCUAUUAACGGUCUUAUUUUCUACUUAGUACAGGAUAUUUAGGUCGUAUUUUUAGUGUUACAUCCUGAAAGGAAGCAUUUUGGGGGACUUUCCAGGCAAAUGUGGCUAAAAUCAACAUGUCAUACUGAAAACAAGACAAGCACGCUCACUUGGAUUUGAGUUUUGCAGUCUUUUCUUUUUUAAAGUAUCAGCUGAUGGUUGCAUGUGACGAUAAUCAGAAAGGUUAUUGUGUAGUUUGCUUUCGGUAGCAACUGGAAAAUUUGGCAUUUUAAACAAACUGUGUUUUACGGAGAUGUAUUUGGUGAAAAAACUGAGGAUAGCCUUUAGAUGUAUUGUGUGUUAAUUAAAUAAAAUUGUUAAUAUUAAAAAAAAAAGAAAUGUCAAGAUCAUAUUUGUUUGAGGAUCCUCUGAGGAGUUUUUGACGUAUAUGGAAUUGACUUUUUAUGAUAUCCAAAAGCAAUAAAGACCAUCAGUGGCAUGAUUUAUGAUUCUUAUUUUGUAAUUAUUAAUGCCAAAAACUGGUGGGAGAGGGUAGAUGUCAGUCGGGGAACAGAAAAAUCAGCUGUAUUUUCAAAAAUUUUCAUAAAAAAUAUUCACAUCUGAGCAAAAAAAAGUUGAGAUUUUUUAUCAAAAGACUAUCUUAGCAUGUAAAGUUAAGCUUUGUCCAGAGGGGGCGCCAAAGUUAACACAAAUUGAAAGUUCCUCACUGGAGCUUUAAGCAAACAUUUCAAAAUCAGACUCCAGAUUAAGAUUAUAAUAACGUCCAUGCAUUAGCUAACACCUAUUUUCUCAGACUAAAUCCUCUCAAACUUUAAUCAGAGUAGUCAUCAUCCAGUUUUCUCACGGUUUCCUCUCCCAGCCCUGAACAAAUUACUGGAAUAAGCAGACAUCCAGGAUCGGCCCCCAUCAGGCGUGUUGACCCUCGAGGGUCACAGCCAAACUCGUCGCAGCUAGCCUAGCUGGUGGCCCUGGCAGGGUUUGAUUGUGAUGGUGUAAUUGUGCGUUGGGUGUUGCUGGCUAACGGCCCUGACAGACAGUGUACUCAGACAAUAGCCAGGGAGCCCAGGCCCUGCAGAGAGAGAUAACGAUGUUACUCGCAGAGAGAGUUUCACAUGGGAACUGGACGUGUCAGAAAGAGGAAGGCCAAUGAGGGUUCAAGAAAGCCUCAAACCAGCAGCAGCCACAUGGUGGGCUUCCUGAUUCCCACACUGAGCUACUGCAGGGUGAGGCGGCGAUGACACAGUCUGAAAGAUAAAGUCCUUUCAGCCGUGCAAUGUUUUUUUUUUCAAAGUUCUCACUGGGGAUCUGCGUCUGCUCGGCUCUUUUCAUUCGACCUUAAAGGAUUCAUUCUAGUUCACUCUCAAAGUCAGACUUGAUGAAGAUUUAACGCCUGGUUCCUCCUUGCUGUUUCAUCUUUAUUCUCGUACAUUCUUCAACCAUUUAUUGCAGAGAAAGAGGAAAUAACAGAGCGCAAACAAAAAAACGUGUUACUUGUUUUAAACUGUGUUUACAAGAACCCAUCUGACCAGGAAGUGGUGCUUCAAAAAUAAAGCAGUGUGGUUGUUUGCAUGAAAAACAGACCAGCUUAGAAAUCUGAACAACAUCCUCCAUCCUCCCUGAAUUCUAACAAUAAGGUGCCCUUGAGCAAUGCAGCUAAUCCCUUAUUGUGUUAGUAGAGCUUAUAGAGUUUACAGUACAGGACUGUUGUUGUGUCGGGGAGCUCCCAUGAGCUGAAGUUCGUUAUCAUUUGAGUAUAAAGCAGCUGAAAAGGAGUAUUCAUGCUCAGUUAACUCCCUCCCUGGGUGAAUAAAGGCAAAAAGGAAAAGAUUGAUGCAUUUACUAAGGCAAUUAGUCUAAAAUGCCUCUCUCAGACUCACAAGUGGCACACUCUGGGGCUUUUCCUAUCGCCAAAAUCUGCAGUUCAGAGUCAUUAUCCCUCAGCCUUUGCAGGCCCUUUAGAUAACUGUGCCCUGGAGCAAGGCGCAAGCUGAGAAAAUCCCAUCAAGUUCAGAUUGGUUUGAAAGACAUCUGGUGUGGAGCCGGGGGCGAAUGCAAUCCCGCAUGCUAAUUCGAAGUGAAGAGAGACGUUCACCAGGACGUCAGGACUUUGACGACUGUCGCUGAAGCUUGUACACAUUAUUUUUUCCUUCUCAAAUGUCUGUGUUUCCCUUUCUGCAGAACCUGAUGGCUAAAGCGUUGUACGACAACGUGCCGGAGUCCCCCGAGGAGCUGGCCUUCCGUAAAGGGGACAUCCUGACCGUAAUAGAGCAGAACACAGGAGGCCUGGAGGGCUGGUGGCUCUGCUCCCUGCACGGCCGCCAGGGCAUCGCCCCUGGCAACCGCUUGAAGCUGCUGAUCGGACCCAUGUUUGAGGCUCAGUCUCCGUCUGCUGGAGCCGCCUCGAACGCCUCCUCCCCUCAGAGCUCAGCCUAUCAGCAGAAGCCUGGAUCAGGGUCCCAGGGGAUCUACCAGGUGCCCCCGACUCUGCAGAGCCCACAGCAACAGAGUCAGCAGGGCAUCUACCAGGUUCCUCCUUCACAAGACGUCUACCAAGUGCCCCCGAGGAGCACGCUAGCGGCUGAAAACACUCCGAGCAAGGUAAGACAGAAAAAGGAAAACCACUACUGACUUUUUUUAUCAUCAUUUCUUAAAAGGGAUAUUUCGGCAUAAAAUAAAUUUAGGGUUAAACACACUGUAACACCGAGAGAUGAAUGUUGUCAACCGCUUGCUUCUCUAGUUAUACCAACUUUAGUAACGACCGCAGGAUAGCAAUACACAGCGGUCUGAGGAGCCAUAAACAAACCUCAACCAAAACACCACUCUAUAGCCACAAAUAAUGCUCAGAACAGCACCUAACUUCAUCACCUACUGUCUUUCAGCAGCCGUUUGUUUGUAGCAAGACCUCAGGCCAGUCCAUUUACGGGGUUACGCAGCUCAAGGAAGAACAUUUAUGAUCAUUUCUUUAUCAUACCUUGAAGUAAGAAUCACCGUAUUAAUCAAUUUGCACCGCAGACCCAGUAGUUCUUCUGCCUUAGCGUCUCGGUAUGAUUGUAUUUCCAUGAAGAAUUGAUCGUAAAUGUUCUUCCUUGAGCUGCGUCACCCCACUGUAGUCCAUAAUGGACUGGGCUUAAGUCACGCUACAAACAAGCGGCUGCUGGAAGAGAGUAGGUGAGUUGUGUUUAGUCUCUUUGUUAAAGAAAUCAGGCAAACUUAAAAAGAUGUUUGAGGUUUGUUUAUGGCUCCUGAGACCGCUGUGUAUUACUAUCAUGUGGUCGUUACUAAAGUUGGUAUAACUACAGAAGCAAGCGGUCGUCAACAUUUAUCUCUCGAGGGGGUCUCUAACUCGAUGUUACGGUGUGUUCGACCCUAAAUUAAUUUUACAUCAGAAUAUCCCUUUAACAAGGCUGGACCUUCUGAUUCCCCUGAUUACUAUCUCUUCAGAUUUAGUAAAUCCUAAUACAAAAAUGAAAACAAUAACUGUACAAUCAUAAAGCUUUAAUUCUGUGUGAGUGUAUUUUCUGGCAUGCGCUCUGCUCAUGGUCACUGUCGUGUUUAAUGUGCGUGAAGCUCUUACUUGCAGUGAUUUAGACAGGUUAGAAACAAUGGUGGAGCGGGUGGUGAAAGCAUACAUUAAUAGAAAGCGUGGGCUGGGCUUAUAGACAGAGAAAAUAAUGGAGAACUGACCCCUGGAGACCGGUCUCUGGGAUCAGGGCGGAUUUAAAACACAACCUCCUCUCUGGUGGGUGUGUCAUUUGCCGUUGAGUGCGGGUAUUAGAUGUGAUAGGACAUGGCAUUUAUGCAUUUACACCGUGACCUGUUCCCCUGCCAACCUGCCACGACUCCCAUUACUGAUAUAACACAGAGAGAGAGGGAGAGGGAGAAGAAAGGCUGAAGAGAUUGUGGGUCUGCGAUGUGAAAUGUGGACAGGGUGUGCCGGGCCUGGCGCUCACCACAGAGCAGGGUAGUGUUUUUGUGCAGGGCUCCCAUUUGGCUUUUCUUGUAUUUUGGCACAGUGUGUGUGUAGCAGAGCCGGUCUGAGCCACAGAAGGGCAGUGAGCAUGGGAAAAACCUGCGGAAAAGCAAACAGCACAGGGCUGUUUUCUGGGGUUUGGUGGAGCCCAGCUGCCUCAAAGUAGGUUUUCUGUAUUUAACUGCUGUAAACAGGGUGGCUGGUAGACCCUGGUCCUUUACAGUGCAGAUAUAAAUACAAUCACCGAGGCAGUGCGUCCAUUAUGUGUAAUGUAUUGUGUUUUUAUUGGCUGGAUGGUGUAUCAUUUGGAACAUAUAUAUCUUAGGCUGCCCUGGAAAAUAUAGUCUGCUGUUGCACAGGGGAACAAACGGUUGCUCUGUGUUCAGGUUUGCUCUGAUUCAUGGGUGACCAUAUGGACGAAUAAUGUUCUUUGUUGUAUUUAUAUUCAGCCGAAAGUCUAAGGAAUAACAUUUUGAAGCGAGUGUUGAAAAAGAGGAGUUUUACGCUGUGAUAUAAAAGUAACCAAAGUAAAGCUGGGCGAUAAACCAAAAAUUUAUAGAUACCAAAAUUUACGACAAUAACUGAUGUCAUUUUGCCCAUAUUGGUAUAUUCGGUGUAGGGCUGGGCGAUAUGGAAAAAAGUUUAGCACAAUAUAUUUUUUCAUAUCAGUUGAUAUCGAUGUAAAAAAUAAAGUGUAAUAGUGCUUAUCAGUGGCAUGUCUUUUGCAAUAUAAUAAGCUACUGUAUCUGUGAGGUCUUUGUGUCUCUUUGACUUGUUGUCAUAAGGCGUUGUGCUACAGAAAGCGGCUAAAUGGUUGGCUGUUUAAGUGUUAAAGUGCUAUGGUUGCGUGUAGCUGCAGCCGGCUACUACACUGUUGUUUGCUACUUGGUUGUAAUUCAGCAUAUGAUUGGUCGGACCUGAAGGAACUCCCCUUUUCAUCGGCUAUUCGUAUAGUCUACCAAAACAUGGCAGAAUGACGACUAUCGAAAAGCAUAUUGACCAUGUUUUAUAUUGAAAUCGAGGGAAAUUACUUUUUGAUAUAUAUCGUUAUCGUUUUAUCGCCCAGCCCUAAUUCGGUGUCAAAUAAAUAAAUAAAUAAAAGUUGGUUUUGGAUGUGUGUGGGUAGGCUAUGGUCUCAUGUCCGUUUAAGGCACUGUCGUACAUCAGAGACGUGACUCCACCCCAUCCAGUCCAUAACAAAGAGAGAAAGACAGGUGAGGAGAUGGAGGACGGUUCAAAAGUUGUAGCGGCUGAAGUAGAUGAAGUUAAUGUGGGAGGGGGUGAGCAGCUUGUGGAGUAGUUAUCAUCCAUUUAUCAUUAUCGAUGUGAACUGCUCAAUAUAUUGUGAUAUUGAUUUGAGGCCAUAUCACCCAGCCCUAAACCAAAGUAAAGAAAAAUAAAACAAUUUUUAGAAAAGGAAAUAUUACUGCUCAGGAUCUUUAGCACCAGUUUGGAUUAAAUUUGGAUAAAAACCUUAAAUAUAGUCUGAGUCUAUGAGGCAGUUUCAGAGAGAAGUCAGAGGGAAUUUUCUCCUUGAAAAGGGAGGAAGAAUUUUCCCGUUUAUUCAUCCGUUAAAGUAGCGCCGGCACCUCAGACAUGAUCAUCCCUCCAGGAGACGGAGAGUAAUUAUAUGCUGGAUGAGCUUUUAAUAUCCUAAGGUGUUUUUUUUUUCUCCCAACAAAUCAGCUCCUGCAAUCAUAGAAAUGAGCGAAGGUGUGCAUUUUUCAAGGUAAAUAGGCAGCAGCAGGCGCCGAGGGCUUAGAGGAUUUCGUGUGAUUCAGUUUGUGAUAAAGUCAGCCGCAGCCGGGGAUCUGCGAGGAGAGAGCUGUCAAUCAACCUGCACGCCGCCGCUCUGCGAAACAACACCUUUAUUUUUCCGCUAACAGGCCUGAAGGAUCUUAAAGGACGUGAUGAUUACACGGAAAAUUAAAUGUACUUCUAUUACAAGUGCUGUUAUCGUGUCAUUGACGAGAUUGGGUUGAAUUCUAGACGUUUAACUGCGGUUUUCAAAAGUGGUGCAAUUUUCAGCAGUUGUUCCUGUCUGCGAAAUAGAAAGCUUUUCACUUCGACGUCCAGCUCAGGAGUCCAGAAAGAGCUCUGUUGUUUUCCAGUGACGUCCGACUGCUGGACAGACUCGCCAUCGGUUUCUGUGGCCGCGUUCAUUUCAAAGCCAAACUGGAGUUCAGACCAGCUUCAGGGAAGUGUUUUCUACUAAAACAGAGGAUGUUUGAGGAGUUAUUCUUGGCAUCCGAGGCUGAAUUCGCCCUUUCUGUUUUUACAUAAAGACUGUUAGAUAACUAAACUGUUUUGGUUUAAUCUUACGGGAGAUUAAAGCGGGGCCCAGACUCCAGGUUUGGAGCCAUUCAUAAACUGUGUUGGUAAAUCCGUAGCAAAGUCAAACUGGACAACCACCAGCUCUCUCUCCUCUUUGAAACUCUAUCAGCGGGAGUGCGCUGCACCGCAGUAUUUUUAGAGAUUAUUUUUGUUGACCUGAAAUCCAAAGCCUUGACCUUUGACUCCCGGUCCUCAUCUUGUUUACUACAGCUCGUCUCUGUGGAGCAGAUAUUGAUGACAGACUGCAGAGCGUUGACUCACGCUGAUGGAGCUGAAAGGACACAGAUAUUUUCUUGUCUUGGAGUGUGAGCGCACAGACAUGCACGCUUCCCUAAAUGAUUAUGGGGACUGAUGCGGCUUCCUCGCCUGAUUAUCCCCUCUCGUAUUACUUUUAAGCCUCCUACAGAGAAAGGUCCUUGCAUGGGCUUCACCAUGCAGAGUUUCAGGGUUCCUCCAGAGUGCGUCUUCCUGUUUGCAUGCCAGCCCGGCAGUGCAAAUCCAGAUUGGCGACUGGUUAUUUUCUCUUCAUGUGGCGUGGCGCUCUGGAAUAAAAAAAGGCACACUGGGGUUUGGCGCUCUCCGCCUCUCUGGAUGUUUGGUUUGAUGCUGAAGCCUUGUCCCUGGGUGACCCUCGAGGGAGGGUGUGCUAAACAGCUGCCCCCAACCCCCUCAAACCCCGGUUCAAGGCCUCCGAGCUGCUUUGAGCUCUCGGCCACACAAAGGGCCUCCUCACAUGGACGCCGAGCGAAGCCUCGCACCGUCUUUUAUCAUUCUGCUCUCAGAGGCUCAUUUCUCAUCUCGGUCUUGGUUCCCUCUUUCUUCUUCUGCUCUGAAAGGUGUGUCUGUUUCACCGCUUCAGUUUCUCUUCAGUACUCACGUUUCCUCUGUGACUCAGGCUCCGGGGUCACGCUGUUUAAAAGAUGAGUUCAGAGUUCAAAGAUCUCUGCCUAGCGUCUUAUCUUCUCAUACCAGACGGCCCUUUCAUUCCUCACUUCCUGUUUUAUAAGGUCUCCUCCAUGUAUGGGCAUUUCCUGCAGUCACUGUGUCAUACCCAUAGAUACAAUCUGCUCAUUGGUGCCAUAAAAAGAGGUAUAGCUGCAACAAAAGGCUUAAUAAACUCCAGACAACUCCAGGAAGUGCUCUGAUAGCUGUUUAUGGGCCUUAAAGGGUGUGCCAUCUACCUUGAUAAAGCCCCUCAUGGGAGAAACCAGGUUGCGUGUAAUGAAUGGCUUGUUUGUUUGCCUCGGUCAUAUUUUCUUUGCCUAAUCAUGCACACAACAAUCUCAGCAGCAGAUAAGUGAGUUAUUUCUUCCUGCAGCAGGCCGGCUCCUUCAGACGCUUGUCCGCUCGCCAUUGUCGCAGUUGUGAUGAAUCGCCGGCCCAUGAGGUUUGACCGAGGGGGCGAGGUCAUAAAUCAAGUCCCACCGAAAGUAAUCUGCGCUGCGGUGCGCAUACUGAGAGGACUUUCUCCCCUUGAAAGUUUAAAACCAAGAAUGUGAUAAAUGAGCUGAAGAGUCGAGGAGGGAACGGCAGGAAAUGCUUUGCUGAAAGUGAACAUUUAAGCAAUAGAGGUGGCAAUUAUAAAAACCAAAGUUGACUUUCAAAUCCUCUUUUUUAUCCAGCCGAGAGAAAAGGAUUUGGUUUCAUGUAGAAGAAGACAAAGAAAACCAGGAUUCGGUCCAAUUUAGAGCCUAAAAAAAGAGAACGUUUGACUUUGCGUUUGUACUCGCUGCAAACUCGGCGGUUGAGGCUGAAAGAUCCCGGCGAUAGUUGGAUGGAUUGUCAUAAAUUUAGGUUGAGGUUCACUUUGGUGACGAGCCGAUAACAUCGCAGAAAACACUCAAGCAGGAUUUAUUAUUUCAAGUACGACAAAGACAAACGAAAAACAUGAAAUCCCUGAUGUCGAGGCUGAGACACAAGUCACCCCCACCCUAAAAGAUUCAGCACUUGUAUUUGUGUAUAAAAACAACCGAGUUUGACUUAUUUCCAGUCAUUAGAGACACUUUGGCGAAGAAACGACUUUUGAGUGGGAGGAUUGAUUUUGAAUUUCAGCACAUUAUUUGCCCUGCGGUGUAAAAGAUGGGCAAAGAACCAAUCACAGCUAAAUCAGGAGCUCCUCACCAGCUGGAUGAAUUUCUGGCAUGUCAGAAAUUUUGAUCAGCUGACUGACUGCACCCUUUUAUACACAACUGACUUUACUUACUUCUUUUCCUGAUUACUGCUCAGUUUUUAUUUACCUACAACUUCCCGCCGUCAUAAAAUCAAUACAUGCUCAGUCUUACAGGAACCUUCCAGCUCCAAUAAACUCAGGGCUUCAAUUUAAGCUCAGCUGCACUUUGUUCUCGAUGCUAAUCUAGUCUGAAAGUAUUUACUAAGACAAAGAUAGUAAAUAGGGAAACAAUGAAAACAUCAGUCUAGUUGUCCGGGGUUUGUGUCGUGUGGACUAGCUGAAUUAGAAGCACAUAAAAAACACUCCACCCGACUCGAAAAAAUCAAAAUUUACAAUGCGCAACUCUGUGACUCCGCCCCCGCAUAGUCGUGUCCUCUUUUUCGGGGAUUUAGAAUAUGGUCACCCUAUCCCUGAUAGUCUUGUUUGCUUUUGGAUAGCAUGAAAAGACACCAACAUGAAUCUCAGUCAUUUCAUAAACUCCUCACAGGCGCUUUAAGACGACCUUGUCAUCAAUCAAGUUAGCAUGUUAGCAUUCAGCUCUAGUACGUCCCAGCCUCACUGAGCUGUUAGCCCGACUUUGGACUCUUUGUCUCGUCUCUUAUUGGUUACGAAAGACAGUCCUCAUUUCAUAUAACCCUCCUCUUUUCCCCGAGGACUGCCUACUAUGAUAUUGUUUUUGCUCAGACAGUAAACAGUGAAUUUCAGAGCGUUAUUUCUCUCCAGAUAAUCACAGCUGCAGAUUACGAGCUCCGCUUUGAUUGGGGAGGCUGACGGAUGAUCCUUAUUAAUGCUAAAAUCAGUGUGUUCUCUUUUAAUGCUCCUCAUUAAGCCCGCUGUCUGUUUGGGUUUAGCCACUUGGACGUGUUAUGGAGAUGGCCGUGAGCCUCUCGGGAAUCAGGAGUUAAUUACCUGCAUUAAUUAGUUUGGCACUUUAAUAGGCUGGUGCCGCUCUGAGUGGCUGAGGGGAAUGUUAUUGAGCAGUUUCGAGCAGCGGAGGAAAUGGCCCAAAACACUGCGAAGGCCGUUUUUGUACUGUGAUUCAGCAAAGCAGAAAGGGCACACCCUACAUUUAGAGGAAGCAGUCAUAUUCAAGUACAGCUUUUACCUAAUAUAUGACCGAUUACAUGGCGUGAAGGCACAGCUGGUGGCGCUGAUUUAAUUUCCCCUUCGCCCUUGCUCUGGUGAAAGAAGAAAAGUAGGUGAGGUCGACUUUUUCAGCACCCAGAUAGGUGAGCGGGAGAACAAGAGAGGAGAUGAGGAGGUGUGGACGAGGACAUGCAUGGGCGACAUUCAAUAGGGUGCCACUCUGGCGACGCUGUCAUCGUCACGUCUUCUAUAAGCGAGUGAAAAAGCCUCAUUAGGGUUGUUGAUUCGUGUCAGCGGGCCAUUAGCGGGGGGAAGUGGUUGCUCUUGAUGAAUGUUAUCGAUGAAAAGGUGUGAGGUGAUGAUUUCCUGUAAAAUCCUCUCACACAGAGAUGAAGCGUGCCGGGGUUGGAUGACGAAGCUGAAAACAUAAUGAUGUAAGAGUCAGGGUCAAGAAAGGUCCUCGGCGUCGGCUCUACAAGUUCCUGAAUUAAUGAAUCGGGACAGAACUGACAUAAAAACGACAGCCAGUGAAUGUUUUAGGUUUGAUUUGCUGCCAAUUAGGGAUGGGAAAGAGUGUUUUCCAUCUAGAACAGAUGGCUGUGAUAUCAGCCGCGUGAGGGCAGAUGCCAAUAUGAUACAGAUCAUGUGAAAAUGUCAUUAAAAGGCCAGAUUGAUUAGCCAACGGAUAAAUAGGUCAGUGUCUCCUCUUUGCUCUCUGACAAAGAAAUGAAAUGAAUGAGAGUGAUUAAAGGCUGACCUUAAUCAAUCAGAACGUUUACAUAACACUCGAGAAAACUGAGUUAUCGCCUUAUUCUAACCAAGACCGGACAACUGAAGUGCAUGUAAACACCGAAGUCCGACUAUAAACGGAGUUAUAAUAAUGCGAUUGGAAUGCGAUUUUCUCAACCAGGUAACCAGCGUAGUUGGAGUAUGAUCAGACAGUGAAUGUUCGCAUGAGCCAUGCCCCGUAACUCCGGAAAUCUCAUCUGCAGAAAAAGUAGCGUGUACAUCAUGUACGACAAAAACAACGCUGUACGAUGCUCCAUCGUCUUCAUGAAAAAGCCCAGCAGCAGUUGUAGACACUUCUGACGUCUGGCACGGACCUGCUGUUGUUGUUGUUGUUGACGGUUGUACGGGGUUGAAAACAGCGCCGUUAUCGUAUCGCCCCCUAGUUUUGGGGAGGAGGGCACAAUCACGUCAAUAAUUUAAUUUUCUCAGCUGCAUGUACAAAGAGAGAAGUCCGAUUUGACAAAAAAAACGAACUACUAGCUUAGUCCGAUUAAUGUGAAAAUCAGCAUUUAACAUCAGAGAGUCAAGCUGCUUUUUGAUAAGUCAUUGGAGAAAGUUAAUUGAUUAGUAAUGCCUGCUGACGGGCACAUACUGCUCUUUACUGAUGCAUCGCACUGUGCCUCUCAGCAGGCAUCACUAAUGGAGCACAGGUCAAUGCAUUGGCGGAAGUUUCAACACAAAAAGUUGCACCAUAACAACUUUUUGCACUUGCAUAAAUGUUCCCUAGUUUAGUUUGAGGUUGCACUGAUUGAAUUAUGGUUGCGAUUUCAAGCCGUCUGUUUAAAGAAUUAUCUUAUUUACAGGUUUUAAAGAAGUGAACAGAAAGAAACUUAAUGUUUAUGAAAAGGUCCCCAAAUUUCAUUCAGUUGAAAAAGAAAGUCGAGUAAUUAUCUCAGUUAUAAUGAAACACCUCCAAAUUUGUGGUUUGAGGCCGAUUUUAAAAUGUUGACCUGGCGUCCAACACUCCCUAGUUAAGAGUCUUGUUUUUCACUUUUCAUGAUCAGAAUUAGGUCAUACAAUAAUCAAAAGCAGUAAAUCUGCCGAACUGUAGAGAAUAUCCUCAAAGGAAAGCAUUUAUCAUCAUUUUACGAGAUCAUCCAGAGAGUAUAAAAAGGUCAUGAGGUAGUUGUUGACGUUAUGACGACACCUCUCAGAUGACUCCAACGUUAAGCUGUAAAGUCCUACCUGCCAAAACCUGAGCCUGCCAGGAUGCAAAGUAAACACAGAGUCGCUGAAAGAGCCGUGACUCACUCAGCAUUACGCACAGGAGCGUUAACAAGGCAUCUAUUUGUCUCCUCGGGGCGCUAGUUUAAACCUGAUCUCUCUUUAGUCACCACGUUUGCUCUGAAGGAAUCCUUACAGCCUCCUAUCACCUGAGCGGGAACCAAUGUUUGCUCGAGCACGCCUCAUGAUGUCAUCGCUCUCUAAAAAGGCAGCCACCUCCGCCGCCGCCGCCGCCUCUACCGCCUUCCAAGAUCCAACCUCAUUGGUAGCGGUAAAUAUUUACCCCUCAGCAAUUACAGCAGCGCCGAGCAGCCUCAGAGCAACAGCCUGCUGGGUAAACAGAGGGUGGAGAUGGGAAAUAAAUGAGCAGUGUGCAUCUGGCAGGAGCUGAGAGGAGCCGCUGACGGGGGAGGAGUGCAGCUCAAAGCGGUGACAUGUACCUGCGGAAAAGGUCACCCAGGUUUUUGACAGACACCCAGCUGCCAUCUGCAUGAGACAGCUGAGUCCAGACUUCCACUCAUCCUCAGCACAGAGGCUCAAAACCGCAAGAGACGGCAGCCGGUGUGUGGAGUGACCUUUACCUAGCAUCACUUUUUUACUACUUAGUGAAAGGCUGGCUGUGUGUCUGCUGGCUCUGGUUACACUCUCUUCCUCUUUUUUAAUUAUAACACACUUAAAUCCUGAAAACAAUAAAUAUAUUAUUGAAGACUGACCUUUGGGGUUUCUUCAUUAUCGUUGAGUGGGUGUGUUGGAGUGCUAGUUUGUUAUUGUUUUUUCUGAGGUCUUGCCUACAUACUUUUGGAUACGGGUCACUAAAAACAAAGUUUAAUAAAAGGGAUAAUGCUGCGUUCCAGUUACCAGUGUUUCAGUUACGAAGUUGGAAAACCAAGAAGGACGCCUAGAUUAGCUGUGGUUAGCUGUUUUUUUUUUUUUACAAUUGUUAGCUUUUUAUUAGCUGUUGUUAGCUGUUUUUUAGCUAUUGUCAGCUGUUUUCUUUACAAUGGUAACUGUUUUUUUCAAUAAGUAGCUGUUUUUUUCAAUUGUUAGUUGUUUGUUAGCCAUUGUUAGCUGUUUUUUACUAUUGUUAGCUGGUUCUUAGACGUUGUUAGCUGUUUUUUUCUGUUGUUAGCUGUUUAUUAGCCGUUUUUAGCUGUUUUUUACAACUGUUAGCUGUUUAUUAGCCGUUGUUAGCUGUUUUUACAAUUAUUAGCUUUUGUUAGCUGUUAUUACAAUUGUUAGCUGUUUGUUAGCCAUUGUUAGCUGUUUUUUUUUUUACAAUUGUUAGCUGUUUAUUAGCUGUUGUUAGCUGUUUUUUUCUGUUGUUAGCUGUUGUCAACUGUUGUCAGUUGUUAUUAGCUACACCAGUUGUAAACAACGCACUCUUACAAACACCAUAGCACCGUGUUCACAGUUAGACGUUGGUUAGUACAACAUAUACCACUUGUUGAAUCCACAAAAACAAAACAGAAAUGCUAAUAAAUAAUACAUUAUGAGAGCUUUCACUGUUACUUUUUACUGUUGAUACACUGCGCUGCCAUCUUGAAUUAUGAUGUUGUCGUCAAGUCUGGGUUGGUGAGGAUCGUCUGACUUUUCGAGUCGGAUAUCCCACUGUAGGGGGGCGUUCCAGAUUCAUUUCAGACUCGGAGCUUGGAAAUUCCGACUUCAGAGUACAACUGGAACGCAGCAUUAAUAACUUUUUUAUUUAUUUUUUAACCAUUCCUGUGUUGCUGUGUGGAUAAAGUGAUAUUGAGAAACCCCUCUGGUGAAGCCGUGGAAACAGCAGUAAAACAGAACAUCUAUAUUUCAGUGUAAAUCUGUGUGCGAUUGUGUCUAUUUAUUCCUUCAGAUUCUGCUCGGAUGUGUUUUCGAGCCUUAGGUGUUCACUUCAGCUCUGACCCCACAGGCCCUGUUGGGAUGAUGUACGCUCGGACAGGAAUGCCAACAAUGAACACCUUAAAUCACCGCGCUCUUGUUCAAAUUGGACUUAUGAAAACCAUAUGGACUACUGUUAGUCAGACUCCAGCUCACAUGAAUGGCAUUCCUUCCCAUACUAGGAGACGUACUCUCAUUUUUCCGUUCCUCUCACUUUCCACCUCUGUUACCCUUUUUCAUAAAUCUCUUUUACAAACCACCUCCCCUCCUCCUCCUUCUCCUCCUCUUCUCCAUCUCCUCUCCUGCUCCAGAAACAUUAAUCCCGUUCUUAGCUGGCUGAGGUUACGGCUCCUGCUGCUCACGCUCCGAUUAAACGUCUCCACAGUACCAGAAAUGUAAUAAGGAUAUUAACUCAGCUAUAGAGCCGCUCAUGAGUGGAUUCUGGGACUAAAGUCUUAUACUUCCCCGGAGACUUCUCCCUCUGCCAGUAAGCCGUGCGUAUGGUUCUUAUUUUGGAGACCCGUUAAUGAACCCUGCUCCUCGUUCCAGUGUGGUGAUGGUGCUACGUGAGGGCAGAGGAGUAGCGCGGGGCUCUGGAGGACAUUCUCGGCAUUCCUCUGUCUGUCUUACGCAGCGAGGAGGUCUGCCGCUCUGCUUUUAGGGACAACACGAGGGGGGAGGGGGCGGAAAGAUUAGGAUAAGGAGGUGUGGAUGAAAUGAUUAGUGCUGAGGAUGGAAAAUGUGGUUGAUAAAUUAGCAGGGGGAAAAACGGCCGAGGCGAAAGGGAAACCAGCUGAAUGGUUUUAGUUAUUUAAGCUAUAAUCACACUUCUUUGUGGCUUUUGGACAUUGGAGCGUGAAAAAAUACUUAAUAAGUGUAUGAAAUCCUUUGGAGCUACAUGGUUUUGUCCGUAUCGGGGUUAUUUAUCAACACCAGAGUCCAAAUGGUUCAUUUCCUGGGUUUUUAUUUGAUACCGAUGUCCAACAAAACUGCAAGAAAUCACUUAAACUAUAAGAAAUAUAUAAAGUAUAUAUCUCUCGACAAAAUAGGAAUUUCGAGUCUUUAAGAACAGACUUAUAUAAAAUUUAGUGCACUCGGGUCAUUUUAUACCAUUGAAUCAACAAAACAGGCUGAUUUUAAGAGUUUAAAUCAUAUUCAACAGCUCAUACUGGUAUAAUCCUUUUGUUACAGCUCUUUUUGUUGUGUUUUUCACUUAACCGGGUGUUACAGCUGACAGGAAAUACUUCCUGGUUCUUUUCCACAUCAGCAGAUUUCUGUUUAUCCCCUUUGCCCCCUGUUUACAAUUACACUAAAACAAGGAGGAUGUCGAUCUGUCUCUCGUGCAGGACAAAUCACAUCCAACUGUAAUCACUUAUUGUCCCGGGUCACUCAAGGAUGUGGAUUAAAAACACGCGACACCAAUGGAGGGCAUGCUUUUUGUGCAGCUGGGUGGUGAGGGAGAUUGUGUUUGUGAGUGACUGAGCGGUGACUUUUCUUGACAGCAGCUCUGAUUGUUUGUCUUUCUCUCCCUCCUCCUCCUCCUCCUCUUGGCUGUGAUCAAACAGGUGGUGACCCCGACCAGAGUGGGACAGACUUAUACCUACAGUCCUGGACAGCACAACCAGCAGGACCUCUAUGAUGUCCCACCCAGCAGAUCACAGGGGGUAGGUGUCUCAUGUUCUCAGGGCAAAUACAUCUGCGUGAAUCUGUCCACUUUAAAACCUUAUAAUAAAGUUUUAUUCACAUCUAAGUGUAUAAGAAAUAACUUUGCUUUAAUUCACAGAGGAUAGAAUAAAAAUGAAACAUUGAAACUCAAAUGUCAGUGGAGUUUAGAGUGAACAGAGAGGUUUUUAUUUGUCAGGGUGAGAAAGCUGCUUGUUUGAUCUUUAGUUAGUUCUGUUUUUUUUUUUACACCACACAUCCUGUUCUGUGCUGCAGUGACCUUAUUUUCUCAGAAAGGAUCUUUCACAGUUAGAGUUUCGUCCUGUCAUCUCGCCUCGGGCUGAUAAACCCGCUGAACAGACCUAGUUACUGUACGAAGAAGACUGCGCUAUCUCGGGGAAUAACGUUUAAGGUUUAGAGUUUAAAAAGUGGAAAAAAAAGAUCUACAGUGUUCCCAGUGUGUGUGUCCUCCACUGGUGUAUGACUGUGAGUGUUGUGUGGUGGUGGUCGGAGAGGCCGUAGGCGCAGAAUGGCAGCCACGUCUCCACCACCACCAAAGUGUGACUGUGUGAGCGAAUGAAUGAUGUAUCCAAUGUAAAGCGCUUUGAGGGUCUCUGAUAAAGCGCUAUAUGAAAUCUGAUGCAUUAUUAUUAUUAUUAUAUUCUAUAUGUUGUUUAGUCAUGUAUCAGCUGUAUCCCAAAACAUUUCAACAUUCAUUCAAAGGAUAUGAUGUGUCAUUGUUUUUAAAACCCUUUUAUCUGAAUUUAAAGCUCCUGUGAGGAACUUUUUGUUCAUGUCAAAUUUGGCGCCCCCUGUGGCCAAAACAGUCAUAACUUCAUGAAAGAAUCUCACUCUGCUGAUUUUUUACACUCAAAUAAGUCAUUUAUCGGUAACGUUUUGAGCUCCUCGAGUCACAUCUAUCCCCUUGGGCUAGUUUCAGGCAUUAAAAAUUAGGAUACUGAUCAUCAAUCAUAAGGGGUGAGAGAAAAAAUUGAUUCACAUAAGUAUCGCGAUUUUUUGUUUUUCAAUUUUCAAAUCGAUUUUUAUAUUCAAAAAUCUUUUUUUCUUCUUUUUCUCUUUCAAGUUUAAGAAUAAAACUUAAAAACUGACUUACAUGUGUUGUGUAUUUUCAGGGAAAUAUGGUUCCUGGAAUAGUCGGUAGACAAUCAGAAUCAUUCGACUGUUUCACUGGUGUUAAAAAUGCAGCCUAAAGAUUGCUGCGAACAACCCUAACAAAAUAAAAAACAAUUAUACACUUUAUUUCAUCACUUUACAAAAGGUGAAAAAUUAAGCAUUAAAACAAUAAAAACCCAUUUUUAUUAAUCGUCUUGUGUUGCCUCCUACUUUCAGGUCUACGAUAUUCCUCCCGGUCAGAUGUUUCCUGCUGCCAGAAACCAGGGCGUCUACGAUGUCCCCCCUCCUCAAAUGGACCCGAGGACACAGGGCGUCUACGACAUACCUCCAUCUUCACAAGGGGUAAGAGACCAUGCCCACACUGAGCUGGUUCUCCUCCAUGAUGACAGGAAACAUCGCUCAGACACUCUAUUUGUUUCGAAUAAAAAAGAGAGACCGAAGGAAGCGGAGGCAGAAAGUAUUAUUUUAUGUUUAUUGAUACAGUUCCUUGGAUUUCUCUUAAUUGUCUGCAAUAAAUGAAUAAAACGUCAAAUGCCGUAUUUAUGACAUUCUUGCGGGCGCUCUUAAUGAAAGCUUCGCCUGCCAGGAGAGUUUAACCAAAACUCCCAGAGUAUGGUUCAGUGUCAGGGACAUAACUCUUCUCCUUCCAGACCCUCUAAGAUUUCACCAGACUGCCAGACCCGACCGGGCCCAGCGCCACCAGUUUGUUUGUAAUAACCUGAAAUAUGCCGGGACCUGUUAUUUGCGUCAUUCCUAAUUACAGUUUUGGGGUAGGCCUGUCUAGCUGUAAAGAGUGCAUUUCAAGGCUGAUGGAAAUCACUUACAGGCCACCGUUUUAUUCAGCCCACUGCGCUCCCAUCAUGCUCUCUGCUCUGUGUCGAGUUAGUGGGAGGUCAGAGCUUGGACGGGCUCUUGACUUUGCAUCAGAGGAAGGAAUCAGAGUCUGAAAGUUUGAGGUUUUAAAUAUAGUAUCGACACAAGCCAGAGGGUCUUUCACUUCCUAAAUGUCUAACUGCUGCAAUUCAGAGCUGUUUAUCCGAUGAAAACCCGCAAUAAAGUCGACUUUUUCCAGUAAGCUGAUUUCUUAAAUGUCAGAUAAACAAGAGCGAUGUUUCCCUGAGGGAACAAUUGAUCUUUUGCAAAUUUCUGGACAACUAUUGGCGAUCAAAACAGCUCUAAUUUCAACUGGAUGGAUCUACCCCCAAUUCCACUUAAAAAUCACAUGACAUUUUUCUUGUUGUCUACAUGUUCAUAUGGCAUUUUUUCUGACGCAACAGAGCAUAUUAUGAGAAAACUAAGUGCAAAAUUGCAUUCCUGAGUAUUUCUGUAUUCAAAUCGGACACAGAGAGAUUUCCUAUGUCACAACUCCAACCUCCGCCCAUAAAGCCCCACUAUGUAGGCCAGACUUGGAAAAAUAGAAAUUGGAACAAGCGUGUGCGUUAACGGAUUGAGCUUGAAUAGCUGCUAUGUUACCUGCCACUUCUACUACACCAGCAAUGUUAGGCUGCAAACUAGCGUGAAGACGAUUGAGCAGUCCGCCCACGACUCAGAGGUGAAUUGUUAAUGAUCCACUGGAGCUCUGCAGAAGCAAAGCCCUUAAAAAUGACACGGGUAAUGCGGUUUGGGCAAAAAACGUCAAUAUCACCACUGAGAACACUUUAAGUAGUAAAAAGAAACGAUCGGAUGGGACUUAAAUUCAUUUUAAAUGUGCUUUAAAUACAAAUUUGGACUUGAUUAAAAUAGUUUGAAACAUUUUCCUGCUGAGGCUCAGGUUGAUCUAAAAUCUGUCUGAGCAGCGGCUUAGAUUUUUGAGGAGGAGGGACAUUUAACCGGCUGUCUAAUUGAGAUUCUUAAACUGACUAUCAGCGAAAAAGAAAUGACAGAGUGAUGUGUCCCUGUAUUUAAGAUCAAAUCCAAUUGAAGUGGCCUGUAAACGUCUAACAGUUUAACUGCUGAGCUGAAGCUCCUCUCUGUCUGUUAAACUUAAGAGGCUGUGGUUUUCUUAAACGAGGUUUGGACAGAAAUCUGAUUACUGCCGCAUGUAUACAUGUGUUUACAGUAACCACACUGUAUAUAACAAGUGCCCUCGGGUCACCUGCAUCACCUGCUGUCCCUGAUUAGACUGGUAACUUUAUGUUCCUGAUUUAGGAGGAAUGAUGGUCUGUUAGUGUUUGAGAAGAGCUUCAAUGAGGAACACACUGUCUGAUGAAAAACAACUGCAGUGGAGAGUUUUAUGCCACGUUGAAGUGCUGCAAGCAACAGGAACAGGCUGGUUUACUGGUGUGUUUGGAGAGAAAGGAGUUCAGAUCAGUCAAAACAUUUCAAGACUUUUAUGCAGGAGUUAUAUUUGGUGGUACAGCUGUUCUGAGAGCUCCUGACCCUGCAGCCUUCCCUCUGUUUCACAGGCAUACUGUGACGGCCUCCUGCCUGUGAUGGCCUCCGGCCUCCAGGGUUUGCUGUUGUUCUUUGUCUUUUCUCUCUCCCUGGCAGGUUGGUGAGUGGGCUUGGCCACACCUGCGUGGAUCUGGCCAUUCCACCAGGUGUUAAAAGCCCUCAUCAAGGAUUAGUGUCUCUCUCUCCCUCCUCCGCUGCGCACCACGGCAGUGAUCCUCGUGGCACAAUGUUUUGUUUUAGUUUAGAAGCUUUGUUAGUUUAGUUCUUUUCUUGGGUAUUCAAUUAUUUACUUAAUCUUUGUUGUUAAUAAAUCUUCCGUUUUAAGUUUAAACCCGUACGCCUCGCAAUCUUUUUCAUGGCCUUUGAGCCGGGUCAUGACAAAAUGGGGGCUCGUCCGUUUGUUGCGUUUUUUGACCUCGGUAGGUGUUGAUUCACUCGAUUUGUGAAUGAACUUAGUAAGUUGUGAAUUAGUGACGUCACCGCUCUUACUACUCGGAGGUUUCGGAACCCAGAGGUUGUGCUUUGUGAAACAGGUUUGGCACUUUUACGUGGGGUGAUACGGGGUUUAAAAAAUUGUUUCACGAUUAAAAUAAUAAUAAUAAUUUUGUUUAUUUGCCGUAGCUGCUAUGUUGGUAUUUUGUCGGUUUUGUUUUUGUUUGUAUGUUUUGAGCACCCUGAUGAGUUUAGCCGUCGGACAAGCAGGACUUGUCACUUUUUUGUUUUAGUUUGUUGUUUUUGCUGGCAAAUCCUGAGGAGGGAGCGCGCAAGGCUCGGGAUAUCACGCUCUACCGAGCCAUGGUCGGGGGUGUUAUUUUGGGUCUGGUGACGUUUCGAGCUCGGCACGCCAGUGAAGACUAGGAUGAGGUCCUAGUAAGAUAUGGGGUAGGUAGUUAGGGGUUCGGGGUGUCUCAACCUUUUUUGUUUCAUAAGCAGCUCGGUAGGUAUUUCUGUGGUGUUGGAUAACACCUGAUGUGCGCGAGGUAGUUGAGUAAGUAAAUUUCUUUUGAUUUGAAACCGCGAGUGAUUGAAAUGUCGGAUAUUUCUGACUUCGUUGCGGCUCCUUCGAGCGAGUUAUUAAAUAAAUGCACCAAGGAACAGCUGCUUAAGAUUGCAGAUCAUUUUGAAAUCGAAAUAUCCGACAGGCGGUUAAAGGACACAAUUAAAAGUAUUUUAAAAGCAAAUUUGGAUGAGAUGGGUGUUAUGGCGACCGAUCCUCCCGGUGCAGUUGAUUCUCCAUCUGUUACAGCGAAGAAUUUCACCUUUGAGCAGCAAAAAGAAAUGAUGAUGUUGCAAUUAGAGCGUGAUAAAUUAAAACAAGUGGAAACGGAUACGCAGUUGGCAAUUGAGAGGUUGCGAUUUCAAACUGAGCAGACAAAACUCCAACUACAGCAGAAUCAGAUGGAUUUAAUUAAAAGCGGUAGGUUAGUCGGAGAUGGUUCUGCGGGUUUGGAUGCCUCCUCGUGUUCUCCUGAUGGUUUUGAUGUUUUGGGAAAUUUGAGACUGUUGCCAAAAUUUAAUGAGAGAGAACCGGAGACAUUUUUUUCGUUAUUUGAGCGCGUUGCCGAGUCCAGAAAGUGGCCGGAAUCUGUUUUUACGUUAAUGUUGCAGUGCGCGCUGACCGGCAGAGCACAAGAAGCUUAUUCAGCCCUGUCCGCGUCAGACAGCCAAAGUUACCAAUUAGUAAAAUCUGCUGUAUUAAAAGUUUAUGAGCUUGUCCCUGAAGCCUAUCGCCAACGUUUUCGUUCAUGGAAAAAGAAUGAUAAACAAACAUACUUAGAGUUUGCUCGUGAUUUAAUUUGUCACUUUACUCGAUGGUGUUCCGCGUUAAAAAUCGAGAGCUUUGAGGAAUUAUGCGACCUGGUAAUUUUGGAGCAAUUUAAAAGUUCUCUUCCAGAGAAUAUUGCGCAGCACAUUAAUGAUCAUGAAGUCGAAAAUGUAAAUAAAGCCGCUAGGCUCGCUGAUGAGUAUGUGUUAGCGCACAGACGCUCUUUUGGAGAGAUGCGCGCUCACAGGUCCAGUUUGAGUGAGCGCACGGAUGCCGGUGCGGGGAAUUACAAUCUUCCUGUAGGGAAGUUAGACUUUAAAGGCCAUGAGGCAAACAAGUCGGAUAAAAUAUGUAACUACUGUCACAAAAGAGGACAUUUUAAAGUGGACUGUUUUGCACUACAAUCUAAAAACAAACAGAGUGGAGCUGCGGGGCAGCCUAAAGCGGCAUGUCUCGCUGUUUCGAAGCCAAGAAUACUUACGGGGCAGUUGGGAAUCUGUGACAAGGGUAAAGCUGUACCUGGAGAGCUCGAAUCAUUCUUGCCUUUUGUCUCAAAUGGUCAUGUCUCUUUGGUGGGAAGUGAUGAAAAAGUUCCUGUCAAAAUAUUGCGUGAUACAGCUGCCUUUGAUUCGUUCAUUCAGGCUUCUGUGUUGCCAUUCUCUGAAAAAAGUCACACUGGGAGUUUUAUUCCGGUGGUGGGAAUGGGAAUGACUGUAAUGAAAGUUCCACUGCACAAGAUGUUGCUUUAUUCCGAUCUCUUUCAGGGGCAGAUAACGGUCGGUGUGCGACCUGCACUUCCAAUUGAGGGCAUCACCCUGAUUUUGGGUAACUGUGUAGCAGGUGGACGUGUCUGGGCUGAUGCUCCAGCUCCGCCGCCACCAGUAGUAUCUGUUGUUCCGCUGGUGAAAAGACAACCAGAUGAGAAUCAGAGCAGUCUUCCUGAAGUUUUUACAGCGUGUGCAGUCACUCGUUCAAUGACACGUGACACUCCCGAGUUAAGCUCGGAGGCUGCAAAGAGUAGAGGUGAGAAAUCGAAGUUUGUGCCGUUUUCUCUGUCUGAUGUCCCUCUCUCGGUCUCGCAGGAGGAGUUGAAGUUGGAGCAGCGGGCAGAUUCUUCUUUGAAAGGGUUGUUUGACAUGGUGUUGCCUGAAGACGAGGUAGAAAAUAAUUCCUGGGGUUAUUUUUUACACAAUGAACUGUUGGUCCGGAAAUGGAUGCCUCAUGGGAAAGAUUUCGUUGGAGAUCCCGUUAUUCAAGUCGUUGUGCCUGAUAAAUUCCGGGAGUCGGUGUUAAAACUUGCUCAUGACCAAUCGGGACACUGGGGAGUGGGAAAAACAUACGACCGGGUCCUGAGGCAGUUCUUUUGGCCGCGACUUAAGACAGAUGUAGCGUCUUAUAUUAAAACAUGUCACACCUGUCAACUCACGGGAAAACCGAAUCAGAAAAUUACACCUGCUCCUCUGCUCCCGAUUCCUGCAGUAAGUCAGCCGUUUGAUCACCUCAUCGUUGAUUGUGUCGGGCCACUCCCUCGCUCUCGUUCUGGUGCGGUAUAUUUGUUGACUGUCAUGUGCCAAAGCACCCGUUACCCUGCAGCGUAUCCAUUGCGCACGAUCACUGCGCGUUCAGUAGUGCGCGCGCUGUCACAAUUCAUUUCCAUUUUCGGCAUUCCAAAAGUGAUCCAGUCUGAUCAAGGGUCAAAUUUUACCUCCAAUCUCUUUGCUCAAGUGUUGAAACAGCUCCAUAUUAAGCACAACAAAGCCUCUGCUUAUCAUCCUCAGAGUCAGGGAGCUUUGGAGCGUUUCCAUCAAUCAUUAAAAUCAUUGCUGCGCUCUUAUUGCGUUCAGUUUGAUAGAGAUUGGGAGGAAGGAUUACCAUGGUUAAUGCUGGCGGCCAGAGAGGUAACGCAGGAGAGCACUGGUUUCAGUCCCAAUGAGUUAGUGUUUGGUCACGUUGUGCGUGGUCCACUGAAGGUUCUUUACGAUGAGUGGAAGGUUGCAGAUGCACCGAAAAAUCUUAUCGACUAUGUAAAUGGGUUCCGUCAUAGACUGUAUGCUGCUGGUGAAUUGGCAAAGGAAAACUUAACCGCAGCUCAGGACAAGAUGAAAAGGCUCUAUGACCGGCGUGUUGAACAUCGUGUUUUUAGUAUGGGAGACCAAGUUUUAGCUUUGUUGCCGCUGGUGAAUUCGCCACUUCAGGCUAAGUAUUCGGGGCCUUAUAAAGUGACGAAAAAAGUAUCGGAAAACAAUUACCUUAUUUCGACACCUGAGCGAAGGCGAAAAGUCCAACUGUGCCAUUUGAAUUUGUUAAAACCAUAUUAUGCUCGUGUUUCAGGUGCUUCCCAAGAGCCUGUCCCAGCUGGUGCGCAUCCCGCUUGUUUGGUGGGGAGAGUGUCCACUGUUUAUCCCCCACAGUCGGUGUCCGCUGAGGUGGAGGAUGGUUUGCCGUGUGUUGAUACCGCUGUCCUUCAAGGCCGCCUAAACAACUCGGAGUCCCUGAGGAAUUUACACGUCCUCUUGGGGCAUUUAGCAGAGUCAGAACAGGCAGAUUUGUGUCGGGUAAUAAAAUCUUUCCCGGGCUUGUUCAGUGACGCACCCACACAGACGCACUUGAUUGAGCACGACAUCGAUGUUGGAGAUGCGCAGCCAAUCAGGCAAAGAUUCUAUAGGGUGAACCCCGAAAAACGUAAAUACAUGGAUGCUGAAAUAAAAUAUAUGAUUGAAAACGGAAUAGCUGAACCCUCCUCUUCAAGUUGGGCGUCGCCUUGCCUUUUGGUUCCAAAAUCAGAUAACACGCCCAGGUUUUGUUCUGAUUUUAGAAAAUUAAACGCUGUUACAAAGCCGGAUUCCUUCCCUCUUCCCCGUAUGGAGGACUGUGUCGAUCAGGUGGGCCAUGCCAAAUAUGUGAGCAAGUUUGACCUUUUAAAAGGUUAUUGGCAAGUCCCUUUGUCCAAGCGUGCGCGUGAGUUAUCGGCAUUUAUCACUCCGACUGGUUUGUUUUCAUAUAAGGUAAUGCCUUUUGGGCUUCGUAAUGCCCCUUCAACCUUCCAAAGGCUUAUGAUUAGAGUCUUAGGAGAUUUGGAGGGCUGCACAGUCUACCUGGAUGAUGUUGUGGUUGUUUCUGACACGUGGUCUUCGCAUGUUGAGCGAAUUGAGAAGUUAUUUAGUCGUUUGGCUGAGGCACGUCUCACCGUCAACCUCGCCAAAUGCGAGUUCGCCAAAGCGACAGUGACUUAUCUUGGUAGGGUUGUGGGGUAGGGUACGGUACGUCCUGUUGAAGAAAAAAUAAAAGCAGUGGCAAGUUAUCCGGUACCCUCGACUAAAAAAGAGCUUAUGCGUUUUUUAGGUCUUGUAGGUUAUUACCGAUGUUUCUGCAGAAACUUCUCGGAGGUAGUUGCUCCAUUAACCGACUUGUUAAAGGCAAGCGCGGUCUUUGUGUGGUCUCCCGUGUGUCAACUGGUGUUUGACAGGGUAAAAUCAGUAUUGUGUAACACGCCUAUCCUUUCUGCCCCCAGGUUUGACCGUCCGUUUGCGCUUCAGGUUGACGCGAGUCACGUGGGGGUGGGGGCGGUGUUAUUACAGAAGGAUGAUUUUCGGAUUGAGAAGCCAGUGAGUUUCUUCUCAAAAAAGUUUAAUUCCUACCAACUCAAUUACUCGACCAUUGAAAAGGAAGCCUUGGCCUUAGUGUGGGCUCUGAAACAUUAUGAUGUGUAUCUGGGGUCCGGGUUGGUGCCUAUCGUGGUUUAUACUGAUCAUAAUCCGCUUGUUUUUUUAAAUACGUUACAGUGUCCAAAUCAAAGAUUAGUCCGGUGGUCACUUUAUCUCCAGUCGCACUGGCUGGACAUUAGACACAUCAAGGGCUCUGACAAUGUGGUGGCAGACGCCUUGUCCAGAGCACCUGUGUAGUGUUGUAGCCGUGUGAGUUACCCAUGUUUUUUGUUUUUUUGUACUCUUUCUGCAACUUGUUUCCCUCGUUUCCCCCCUCUUAAAUUGCUCCUAGGUACCAGGUUGCUGAGGUGGGAGGGGUGUCAUGCAGGUCAGGAUGGGGAUAUAAAUAAUGAGCAUUGGGUAAGUUUUCUUGAAGAGAGUAAAAUGAUAUUGUGAGCCUGGGUAAGUUUUGUAAAGUAAUGGUUAAGUACAUAGUAUUGAUAAUAAUGAUUAAAAAAAAAAAAAGUUAAAUGUUUUUCUCUUGUUUUGCAAUCAACUAGUAAGUUACAAGUGAACCUUGUUUUCAGAGGGAUUGUUUAUGGUUCCGGGGAUGGGAGCCCCGUUUUUAUGGAGGGGGGUGUGACGGCCUCCUGCCUGUGAUGGCCUCCGGCCUCCAGGGUUUGCUGUUGUUCUUUGUCUUUUCUCUCUCCCUGGCAGGUUGGUGAGUGGGCUUGGCCACACCUGCGUGGAUCUGGCCAUUCCACCAGGUGUUAAAAGCCCUCAUCAAGGAUUAGUGUCUCUCUCUCCCUCCUCCGCUGCGCACCACGGCAGUGAUCCUCGUGGCACAAUGUUUUGUUUUAGUUUAGAAGCUUUGUUAGUUUAGUUCUUUUCUUGGGUAUUCAAUUAUUUACUUAAUCUUUGUUGUUAAUAAAUCUUCCGUUUUAAGUUUAAACCCGUACGCCUCGCAAUCUUUUUCAUGGCCUUUGAGCCGGGUCAUGACACAUACAUAGAAAAUAAGGCAGGCAGAGCAGCAGCAAAAACACAGGAAAAACUGAGCAGACACCAGUGACGAUACAUAUGACAUGGCGUGCAAAUAAUGCUGCGUUCGAGUUACCUCGGACGUCGGAUGUCGGAGCUAGGAAUGACGUUACACCCGAGUUGACAGCGUUCCAGUUAACAAGUCCAAAAACCAAGUUGAACGCCUACUGUUAGCCGUUGUCAGCUGUCGUUGGCCGUUGUCAGUUGUUGUUAGUCGUUGUCAGUUGUAUAUAUACCACUUAUUUAAUUUCACAAAAACAAAACAGAAGUGCCAAUAAAUAAUACAUUACGAGAGCUUUUACUAUUACUCUUUACUGUUGAUGCACUGCGCUGCCAUCUUGGAUUAUGAUGUCGUCAAGUCGAGGUUGGCGGGAAUCUGACAUUCCUAGUCAGAGAUCCUACUUAAGGGGUGCGAUCCAGUUGAAUUUCCGACUCGGAGCUCAGAAAUUCUACUGAACGCAGCAUUAAUUCUGGUCCUGGUUGAAUUUACAGGAAUCUCCCGUGCUCCAGAUAUUAUUGACAAGUCUGUGAUAAGGGUCAAAAAUGUGCAUCAUGGCACUAUUUUCCUAAACCUCCCUUUUCUUAUCUGCAGGUCUACUCGGUGCCUCCCUGCAGGACCAACCCCGUCCUCCAGGAAGGGAACUAUGACUUCCCUCAGCCUCUCAAACACGCACAAGAAGGCAUCUACGAUGUGCCGCCGCCCGCCCUUACCAAGCCCACCCAGAGCCCCCAGUCCCACUAUGAUUUCCCCCCUAAUGUGGAGCCUUCUGCCCAUCACCAACACCCCAGCACCAACGGCAACGAAGGUAUUUACGACGUUCCUCCACCCGCUCUUCACUCAGGGGCGGGGUCUCAGAGGGACGUGUACGACAUCCCUCGGGGUAUGCAGUCCUCCCAGCACAGAACCUCCCCGGCAGACAGAGACGGCAGCAAAGGCAUCUAUGACAUCCCCGCUCAGGACGCCCGCGCUGUCGCAGACGUGACAGACGGCGUGAACCGUCUGUCGUUCUCCAGCACUGGCAGCACACGCAGCAGCAUGUCCACAUCCUCGUCUUCCACUGGGUCCAGCUCAGAGGGACGACUCGCUCUGGAUUUAGACACAGCUGUGCAAAGACUGCACCGCCUGCAACACUGUGUGGACGCCGCGGUUGGGGCUUUACAUUCAAUGGCAGCUUCCCCUCAUUGGAGGACUUUCCCCUUCAUGGAGCGUCACGCUAACGACGUCCGCACGGUGCUGGACAGGGUGCGUGCUGCUCUUGGGGACUUUGUCGUGUUUGGCAGAGGGGCUGCAGCAAACGCCACCGCUCUGUCAGACUCCAGCCUGCACAGCAAACUCAGAAGACAGCUGGGACGCCUGGAGGACUCGCAGCAGAUCCUCCUGCAGAUCUACCAAGUCCUGGAGAACUGCAGCUGGGCCCUGAACGCCUUAGCAUCAUCUGGGAGGCAGCACAACAAGAGCGACGACCUGGAUCGCUUCGUCAUGGUCUCCAGGACGGUCCCUGAUGACGCCAAGCAGCUGGCGUCCACAAUAGCCUGCAACGCGGAGCUGCUCUUCAGGCGGACGCACAUGGACGGGUCUUUCUCCAUCGGGAGCUCACCUGACGAGAACAUGAUCCACCCGCUCACCUCCCCCUCCUCGGAUAACGACAACUACGGAGGACAGACCAAGCCGUUCCCUGUGUCCUCCAGUCAGGACAAAGACAACAUGAACAACAGCGAGAAGUGCGUGAAGAGCUGGAUGGAGGACUAUGAUUACGUUCAUUUGCAGGUAAAUAGAAAGAAUGAGGAAAGUCUCAUGGGGCGCUCACACCAGGCAUGAGUAAAAUCCUCUACUCGCUUAAUUCGCUCGAAAAGGUAUAUAAUUCAGGGCAUCCACACACCGACAUGAUCGGUCUUUCCUCCAUUUUAGAUGCCAGUGAACAACCGUCCAUUUUCAUACGUCACCUGGCAACCUUUGUGCUGAUUAGUUAUCGUGACAUUUUAGCUCACGCCCAAUUCGCAUCAUUCGCGCUGCCAGAGUAGUAUGAGCGUGUAAUCGCGUCUUUGCAUUGACUUAACAUGUAAUUCAUUCGCGCGAAUGAUUUUACUCGCGCUUGGUGUGUGGAGACGAUCGGAGAACUUUGCACCAGAAUCCAAUUCAAUAAUAAUUAACGAUUAAACACUGUCGUUUCUAACUCCUUCUCCUCCUCUUCCUCCACAGGGCAAAGACGACUUUGAGCGUCAGCAGAAGGAGCUCCUGGACAAAGAAAACAUCAUCAAGCAGAAUCAAGUCCAGCUGGGACAAGAACAGGUGAGACUCUCUCUCUUUCAGUCUAACUCCCGUGUUGUUGUUGCCUAAAGAAGCUGCUGGAAUUGUUUCCUCUGUAGGACCGUCAAUCAUGAAUAUUAAUACAUAUUCAUACUAUUCUAUUAGAUGCACACAGCUGGUGGCAUUUGGUGAAUAAUAGAUGCAGAGAGUUAGCGUGACAAAGGCUACACAGAGGGAGUCGAACAUUGGGAGCCUUUCUCUGCAAACAGAUGGUGUCUUGUGGAUUCACAUACAGUGUGGAAACUCAUUUUUGAAGCUAUAAUGUGUAAACGUUUGUGAUUUUUCUGGGAAAUAACUGCAACAGCUGAUUAAUAAUCAAAAUAUCUACAGAUCCAUAUCUCAGUGUAAUUUCUGUUGUUGAGGAUCAUAACAAGCCGGGAUCGUGAAAUGAUCUAAAACUAGGGGUGUCCUGAUACAACUCUUUGACUUCCGAUACGAUACCGAUAAUGUAGCCUUCAGUACUGACCGAUACCGAUUUUCGUCUGAUAUUGGCACAAAAUAGUAGUACACACUGUUGUUGUGAUUUUGUGGGCUCAGUUUGCUGGAUCAGGGUGCUGCUAGCUAGAGGUGCUGGAGCGGAAUCUGGAAUGGACUGCUUGUAUCAGAGUGCUGAUAUCGGAGAUUUUUGAUGCAGGCUGAUAUAAUCCGAUAUUUGUUUUUUUGCCGAUAUCGGACCAAUAUCCGAUAUUAAUAUCAUAUUAUAUCGGCAAACCCCUAAUCUAAACCCUCUUCACUCUUUUCUUCCUUCAUAGAUCAAUCAGUUUAAGAAGCUGGAGCAGGAAGUGAUCAAACCCGUGGAGAACGACAUCACACAGUGGAUUUCGCACUCUGGGAUGACCUCCACUUCCCCUUCAGACUCCUCCUCUUCCUCCUCAUCCCUCUCCCCUUCUACCCACGUCUGCGCCAGAGACCGCCAGCUGCUGGGCUUCUACUCUGAGCAGUGCGAGCAGCACUUCGCCACGCUCCUCAGCGCCGUGGACGCCUUCUUCGGCUGCGUCAGCGCCGGGCAGCCUCCGCGCAUCUUUGUCGCCCACAGCAAGUUCGUCAUCCUCAGCGCGCACAAACUGGUCUUCAUCGGGGACACUCUGUCCAGGCAGGCGACGGCGCCCGAGGUGGCCAACAGGGUGAUGAACUCCAGUAACGUGCUGUGUGACUUGUUAAAAACGGUAGUGGCGGCGACAAAAACGGCAGCGCUGAACUACCCGAACACGGCCGCCAUCCAGGACAUGGUGGACAGAGUCACGGACCUGUCACAUCACGCACAACAGUUCAAAGAGCAGCUGCUGCAGUUGGCCAACUUGUGAUCGUCAACCAUGUUGCUCAGACUCCAUGUGUACAAUACUUCAGCAUAAAUCUAUAUAUUUACAGUACAUUUAUAUAUAUAUAUGGCUCCUCCUCAUCAUCUGUAAGCUCGUCUGGAUGUUGUAAAUAGUCUGUUCUGUAAAUAUUUGCUCUAUUUUUGUUUAGAUUGUUUUAUAUUAUGGUAUGAAUAUACAUGUAGAAGCAGUUUUGGUGUCUGUAGGAUUAUGUAGACGUUUUUCCUAACAUUCCUGUCGCAUAUUAUACAUGAAGCACCUUAUAAAACGAGUCCUGUAAUUUCAUUUUUACCUGUAUAAUGUGGUUGACGUGUCCUACUGCUGGGUGUGACAGUAAAUCUCCAUGUAAAUCAUGUUAAUGUGGAAAUAAGUGUGUGUGUGUGGAGCUCCUCCACAAAGUAAAGGAUUGUUCUUAACCGUG